AUGUCAAAAGAGGCCGCAAAAACAUUUCCUACGCACGCGGACGACAUCGAAUUGAGCAAGCAUGCAGACACAUCUCAGUGCGAAACCGUCGAGGCGUCAGCCCCCCGCGAAUACACAUCUUUUACACGGUCGCAGCGACGGCAGCUACAACUGCUAUUAGGUCUGGCAGCUAUCACGUCGCCUCUAACAGCGACCAUCUAUUUCCCUCUCCUGCCUCUUUUGCGCGCACAUUUCCAUACAUCUGCGCAGGCAAUUAAUCUUACGAUUACCCUCUAUAUCAUCUUCCAAGCCAUCUCGCCGGUCAUAUUCGGGCCUUUGUCUGAUGUUCAUGGCUGGCGACCCUACUUCCUUGCCACUCUUGCUCUGUACGUCAUCGGUAAUCUUGGGCUAGCACUCAAUAAGAGCAGCUACGCAGUUCUUCUAGUUUUGCGUGCGAUCCAGAGUCUCGGAGCAAGUGCAGCGUAUGCCAUCAGUUUCGGUGUGGUCGCAGACAUUUGCGUACCAAGUGAAAAAGGAGGGAUGCUAGGCCCAAUCGGCAUGGCCUUGAAUCUGGGGACCUGUAUAGGCCCAGUCGUAGGCGGUGUAGUUGCAUAUAUCAGGGGAAGUUAUGUUUGGGUCUUCUGGGCCCUUUUCAUCGUCGGUGGAGUCUUGUUCGUUGGCGUGGCGCAUUUCUACCUGAGACUGCGCGUAAAAUGGCGGGAAAUGGCAGUGAUACAUCCCUAUACAAGUGGUGGCAGUACAGCUGGGCAGGCCUUAUACGGAGUCAAUUAA